AAUCCACUGUAUCCAACUGCUUCAGGACGAUGCGUUCUUCUCGCUGGAGCUAAUUUUUUUUUCAGAUAAUAAUAAUAAUAAUAAUAAUAAUAAAUUUUCAUUGGAAUUAAUCUCCAAUGAAAUCCCUAAUUAGUUUCAACUAUGUUAGCUUUUCAAAUCCUCGGAUUUCGCCUUCAAGUUUCCUUUUUCAUUUCCCGUCAAUGUCCCGGGAAAAUCCAAGGUUACCCAACUUUUGUCGGAGGAGAUGCCUGCACACUGUAAAAAAAGUAAAAUUAUGUCCUCCGAGAGCGUCUUCUGCUUCUGAAUUGGCGAGUUAUGGCGGAUGGGACGAUUUGGGACGAAGUAGUGACGUGGCCAGCCACGGUGAGUCAGAUCGUUUACGUAGUCUUCUGGUUUCUGUAGGAGUUGAUGAUAAGAAGCAUGUGGUUAUGUUUCUUUUAGGACUUCUCUGUGCAUUUUCAAUAUCUAGGAUCAGAGUUUCUUCUAUUGUUGUUUUCCCAGCUUCUGUUUUGUUAUUUGCUAUUGGGUUUUCAUUUGGAUUUGUUCGUGGCGGGAGUUUCAGUGAGGUUAUUACAGCUAAAAGAAGGUCUAAAGAGGAAGGUAUUAGGAUUUCUCCUGAGAAAUUAUGCGGUUUGAUUGAUUUUUUUGAUGGCUUUGAUGUUAAUGUUAGCAAUUUUAAGAAUGAUGUGCAAAGAGCUAUUGAUACUAGUAUAAUCACGGUUAGUGAUUUGGAGAACUAUGUUAAUGCAAUGGAAAACGUGAGACUAUCGGCUUUGGAUGCUAGAAAUGUUGUUCAGGCUUCCACUGAUAAUUUAGGAAAUUCUAAUAGUGUGUUGGAGGACCAGAAGCCAAGUAGAAGAAAGAAAGAGCCAGUUGAUAGGGGAUUUGACAUUUUGCAGUUUGUUGGUAGUCUUUUCCGAGAAAAGUCGGCCGGUUUGAAGUAUGAUAGAGUAAAAGAGAAUAAUAUCAAACAAGCAACUCUGAGGAGUCCGACCAAUGAUAAAACUAGAGAAAACAUUUCAAGUCCCUCCACCAGAGAACAAGUUUUUGAUAGACUACUAACUGAUAAUGAAGGAGAUGCAAUUUCUAGUUUCUUGCAAGAUUCAUCACACCAGUCAUAUUCAUAUAACAGUAGAAGAAUAAGAAUGGAUUUAGAGGAAGGGAGAACAAAUUCAGAAGUUUUGGGUGACAGUGCUAAGAGAUAUAUUGACAACGAUGAGGACAAUUUCCUAAAUAACAGCCGAAAUUUUGUGAACAAUCGCCACGUCUCUUUGAAGAUGCAUCAUAGUAAUGAAACUAGAGCUUGGGAAGCCCAUGGAAAUCUGCUUGAUUCUAUAGAUCUUCAUACGGAAACUAGAGCUUCAUUUUUACAAGAGCAGUCACUGAGGAAUUCUAGCCAAAACUAUAAGUCUUCAUCCAGCAAGAAGAAGAUCGAAAACAGGAUUUACGGAUCUCGAGUCAGAAAAACUUAUAGGGAUGAACUCAAUCUCCUCAGUCAUCUCCCCGCACAUAAUGGUGAAAUUAAUUUGCCAUCAUCUUCAGAGUUUGCAAAUGAUGAGGUAUUCAAUAGGUAUCUAACAGGAGCCAAUAACCUUCUAAAAGAGGCGAAAGAGCUUAUCAGGGGCAGAUAUAACGAAGAGCAAGCAGAAAUGAUCUUACGAAAAUCUGCUCAGUUACUCUCCAAAGCUAUUGCUCUUAAGCCUAUGAGUUUAUUGGCGGUUGGCCAGCUGGGCAAUACAUAUCUUCUUCAUGGAGAAUUGAAGUUACAUGUCACUCGUGAAUUGAGAGCUAUCCUUUCAAAAAAUGAUGCUACAUUUUCUGAUGAAAAUAGAAAAAUAAUUAGCAGACGAGAUCAUCAAUUUGAGAGUAGAGAUGAAAUUGCAUCUGUGCUUAUUAAUGUCUGUGAAGAAUGUGAAGAACUCCUUGUGGAGGCUGGUAGAAAAUAUAAACUGGCAUUGUCAAUUGAUAGGAAUGAUGUGAGAGCAUUAUACAAUUGGGGGCUUGCUCUCUCCUUCCGUGCACAAUUAAUUUCAGAUAUUGGGCCGGAAGCUGCGGUUGAUGCAGACAAAGUGUUCAUGGCUGCAAUUGAUAAAUUUGAUGCCAUGAUGUCCAAAGGCAAUAAUUAUGCGCCCGAUGCUUUAUUCAGAUGGGGCGUGGCAUUGCAACAAAGAUCACGACUGUGGCCAAGUAAUAGUAAGGAGAAGGUGAAGUUACUUGAGCAAGCUAAGAGGCUAUACGAAGAUGCACUCCAUAUGGACUCGGAGAAUUUCCAAGUAAGAGAGGCUUUAUCAUCGUGUAUCUCCGAGCUAGAUUACAGAAUCUUUUAGCAAUGUCUGUGUUACCGUGAAAAUUUAACAGAAACUCGUAGACAUGUUUCUAACUUUUCCUGUGUUAAAUAGGAAAAGAUUUUUGCUGACGGGCGAAAAGAGAAACCCAUCUAUCAAUGCUUUUAUUUAUAUCGAUUA